AUUGACUGUACUGUAGGUAUGAGACGGCGACGCAUGGUUGUGUAGAUGGAUUUACUUAACUCAGAUACAGAUUGUGUAAAUGUCGUUCGGAAUUAUUUGAGAAUUCAUGGCACGGUCUUAGAUGCUUCUUCAGAUUCUUGUAAAGUUGCAUUUCCAGCAACUUUUAUUCAUGACCAAACACGAUAUGGCAUUAUAGUUUCCCUUGUGCAAAAUAGUUCUUCAAAUCAAAGCGCCCUCUUCAUUUUUUCACGUGCCAAAAAUUAUGAUGAAACUGAAUUGACUGAUUUGGUGAUUGUGGAUAAAGACUCAUUUUGUGGAGAAAUAGAUUCUCGUGUUCACCUUCCAGUCUGCGGAAAACGCAUAAUCGAUGUUGUUGUCCAUACAACAGAGAAGUCGGCGAAUCAACAGGUUAAACUUUAUAUUGUAUCCAAUAAUGUGAAUAAUAAAAAUAAGAAUACAUCAGGGGAGUCUAAAGGAAACACAAGUGAUAUCGAUUCAGAUGUUGAUGGAGAUGAUGAUGAUAAUGAUAAAAGUUGUGCAAAGAAUACCGUAUUUUUGAAAAGUCUUAACGAUGUCUCUGGGGUAAAAACAAUUGAAAAAUAUCGAUUUCACCUAUCUCCUGUCAGUUUUACAUUAGAAUUUGAUCAGAUUAAAGAUGCAUUAGAAUUUCGUAAACAGCUUCUCAACUUAUCUUCAAUGAAAUUAUCUGAACUUGAGGACAUGUCUACAAUGUAUGAAGUUGGUCAAGAAGCUUUAACCACUCUCAAUACUUCUUCUUCUACAUCUUCUUGUAUUACUACUUCCACGUCGGAAGAAUUAUUCUGGUUAAAGAAAUAUUGGUAUGUUUAUUGA